CUUACUCCCUUUCAUUCAUACAUAUAUUUUUACAAAAAUAACUUGAAUGAGAACUGUCAUCGGUAUGAAGAGAACUAACGCACGUGUGUUCGCCGUGAUGUAGCCAAUGUACAGUUGGAUCCUCAACGAGGAAAUAUACAUCUAUUAUCUUGAGUUUUAAGAAGAAUUAUCUUCAUUGUUUUUAUCAUCGAAUAUUACAUUUUAUUCGUCGCCUAAUAUUUUCAACAUUGGAAGGAUUUUCUUUUUCUACGAUAUCUUCACACACCUUUUUAUUCUUCUUCUUCAUCUUCACGGACCGCCGUCGUCCAUCUUCUUCCAUUCGCAAAGAUUCCUACGUCGAACCGAAGAAUGUGGUGGUCUAUCAUAGCGCGUAGAAACGCGAAGAAGAAUUCAAGUUGUUGAGAAACAACAAGGACAAGAACAAAAGUUUAAAAUAUCAAUCUGCCCGUAAAAUUAUCAAAGAAACAGGAUCUUUGCUAUAUAUAUCUCGAAUCUGAGAGGGAGGGGGAGGGGGAGAUUUUAACGAAUUUGAUUACCAUCACGAAGACGAUAUUGAAAAAGAAAAAAGAUUUAAUGGACCUAACGGAGGCAUUUGCCCCAGGCGGGGGCGGCGAGGAUUUGCCAAAAACAGAUUUUUUUGAUUUCGUCGUUUCACCUACUGCAAAUUGUACGUCUACAGACGGUGUGGUCUCCGACGAGGAAAGCUUUCUCCAUCGUACCACCUGUCGGAGUAUCGGUUAUCUUCAACAGAGUCACGAGGAUCACGAGUCAAGCCGAGAUCUUCACGGGUCCCCGUUCAUAAAGGAGACCAAUAACAACACGUUGACGGCUUUGCCGCCGGUCUCAACGAUAACUGGUUCACUCAGUCAUCAUCACCAUCAUCAUCAUCAUCACCAACAUCACGUUAGAGCGCAUCACGGUAAUACCUGUAACGUACAGCCAAGCAGUGAACAAGUAGCAAUGGAUCAAUCCGAUUGUGAUUAUUGGACUACGGACGAUAGUAAAGAACAAACGUGCAAUAUAUUACUCGAGGAUCUCAGCAAGUAUUGUUGGUCGGCUCAUGCCAAUUCACAAACGCAUGGGAACGAUUCGGUUAACGUUCAUACUGGUGGACCUAACGAUCAUCAUCAAACGGUUGGUCGAGGAUGUAACGCUAACGAUAGACAAAAUACGGAUGGAGCUAUAUAUACGUUGACUGUAUUAAACAACGAAGCUAAUUCGAUGGAUGCAUUAGAUUGCAAAAGUCCUGCACCAACGUCAGGUGAUUCCUGGUCGUUACGACCCAGUCUCGAUUUAGAUGCUAUACUAAGUCUUGAACCAUCAUCGGCCGAUCAGGAACACGAUCAAACGACGAACAUGACAGAAGUAUCGAGGACCGUCAACGAUAGGUUUCAUACCGAUCGUUUCACAGUACCGAGUUCUCAAUAUACCACGGACGACAGUGGCUUCGUCGAGAGCAAAGAACUAUGCGGCAGAACGCCUUCUGCCAACGCGAACUGCACAAGUGGCGAUAAUAACAAUGAUUGGAAAUUAUCCGAUCAGAAUCUUCAAGAGGCAGCAGUUGUUGCAGCUGCUGCUGUAGCGGUUGGUGCCGGUGAUUCGGCAGAGAGUCUUCUCAGAAGCGCUCUUCAAGGUAAACUUUACACAGGACCGACUCAAGUGGUUUCCUCAUCAUCCCCGACGUCUCAAGGAUCGACCCUGUCUAUACCGCAGCAACAACAGCAGCAACAACAACAGCAACAACAGCAGCAACAGCAACAGCAACAGCAGCAAGACGAAUCUAUGCACGCGUGUACCGAUGAAGAUUUGCUACUUUCUCAGUUAGAUCAGACAACCUAUCGACCUGGUGAUUACGAGAAGCUCAAAAGUAUCGCGAACGAGGUCGUCGAAUCGUAUUGUGGCCUCGAGCCAGUUUGCAACGUCUCGGCGACGACGACCGUGAUGUAUACGUUGGAUCCUACCAGUGGUAGUCUAGGUACCAUCACCUUACCAGCCGAUCUCGGUCAAGUCAGUACCGUCACGGUGGUCACGGCCGCUCAGCAGGAUGUGCUUCAGCAACAAACGACUCCACGUCCAGACGUCGAACAACAACAACAGCAACAGCAGCAGCAGCAGCAGCAACAACAACAGCAGCCACCAACGAGUCAACUUCAAAUGACUUCCUCUCGUGUCGGUGUCACUACUAAGACCCCGAAGAAAUACUGCAGACGAGCAAAUAGAAAUAACAAUAAUGCUAACAGCUCGAGCAACGGUAAUGCCGCUGAUGGGACUGGCAAUUCAACUGGACAACAACAAGGUGCCUCUAGUGGCUCGCCAGGUAGCGUUCAACGAAAGGAACGUUCAUUACAUUACUGCAGUAUCUGUAGUAAGGGUUUCAAGGACAAAUACAGCGUGAACGUUCACAUAAGAACACAUACCGGAGAAAAACCAUUUGCCUGUUCGCUUUGUGGCAAGAGCUUCAGGCAGAAAGCGCAUCUCGCUAAGCAUUACCAAACCCACGUAACACAGAAACCAAGUGUUCAAGCCCAACAACCGCCCAACAACAGUGCUAGCAACAGUGGAAGUAAUAAUCCAAGUCCAUCUGCGGAAACAGCCAGUGCAACCAAUGCUAAUCCUACGACACCUAUCACCAGUAGGAGUCAACAACAUCCGGUUCAACUCGAUCCAAGCGGAAAUUCAUGUAAUACGCCGAGUUAGUUUGAAUUCAUUCACCGAUCGACUUUGAAGAGACUUCGAUGCGUGGUUAGCGCAUCUCUCGAUCUAACGCGCUUCGAUACCUUCGUCAAAAGUCGAAAUGGACGUAGAUUAUUUUUGCGAAUUAAGGUCCAUUUACACUGUAGCUGACAUUAAUAUUAAAAUAAUUAUGUAUAUAUUUAUAUAUACAUAAUGUUUUUUAUGUUUAACUUAUUAUCUUACAUUUCCAUCAAUGUGUUUUUUAUUUUUGUUUUUAUUAUCAAUAUUAGCUACAAUGUAAAUGGACCUUAAACAAUUUACGAGAUGAUAAAUAAAUAAUAAUAACAAUAUAUGCAUAUAUACAAGAGAGCAAAACCAUGACUACUCGUAACGAAACGGAAUAAACAAUUUCGAAAGAAACAAUAACAAAUCGUCUCGAGUACUGCCUAAUGCUCGCUACCAUCCCAUUUUAUUAUGUCUUCCUUAUUAAUUAUUACUUUUUUUUUGUUCUAUCUUUUAUUCUUUAUUAUCGCAUAGUAUAUAUAUUUUUCCCCUCAUUUCUCUCUUCUAUAUACAUAUUUAUAUUAUAUUAUUAUUAUCGCCGACGCUUGGGUUCGAUUU